AUGGCUGCGGCCAACUUCGAUCUCGUGGUGGCCAGUCGUUGGCUGAGGUCCAUCGGCUGCCCAGGGCUCUCCGUGGGGGGCGGUUCUCCGCCCCGGGCGGAGCGUGCCGCCCGGCGGGAGGCGGAGCGCGGGGCGGCGGCCGCGGCGGACGUGGAGCGCGGCGUGGCCGCGGCGCUGAGCAGGGGCUGGCUCGAGUCCCUGCAGGUGUCCGCUGCGGACCUCCACGCGAGCUCCAGGUGCUGUGGAGUAAUUCCGGCGUCGCUCCCGCACCAGAUGACCCGUGGUGACAUGGGCGGCAGCGAGAAGCCCGAGAAGAAAACUCGGGCACAGGAUCAUGAUGCUACGUCUGCUGUGCAACAGCUUCGGGGGAUCGUCGACGACACUACAGCGGAGCUCAUGCAAACGCUCGACGAGAUGCAGCAGUCCGUCGUCAUGUUCGGCAAGGCAGUUGGCGCCCGCUCUGGCUGCGGCCAGGGCAAAGGAACGCAUCGGCUCGACAGGCUGGCCGAGCUGGAGGGGGCGCUGGCCGCCGAGCGCGCCGCGCGCCUGGACGCGGCGGAGGCCCACGUGGCCAGGCUGUCGGAGGCGCUCGGCGCGGAGAGGGCCGCCCGGGCCGAGGCGGAGCGCAGGGCGGCCAUCGCCGCCGGCGUGCAGCGCGAGAUGGUGGAGGCCGAGCUGCUGCUGGCGAGGCUGGAGAAGAUGCUGCAGUCUGAGCAGGCCGCUCGGCUCGAGGCGGAGCAGAAGGUGGCGGCCGCCGCGAGAGUGGAGGACGGCCUGGCCCAGGCGCAGGCCACGCUCGCGACGCUGGACGCGGCCCUGCGCGCCGAGCGGGCCGCCCGCCUGGAGGCCGAGCGCCGGGCGAGCGCGGCUGGCGCGGAG